AUGCCCGUGCCACAAGUUCAUGGUCACGGGGAGGCGGGGGUAAAGAGCAGAGAAGCUAUCAGCGAUGCCCCGCAGGGCUCGGAUCAGCGCUCAGCAUGCGGCGAACCGACAGUUAUGGAAGAGGCGCCUGGUCCACCCGCUUCGGUGUUGUCGUCGGUGCCGUCGUCCACCACACCCUCGGCAACCAACACCAGCGCCUCUUCAAAGCCGCCCCAGCUGGAUCACCACGACCCAACGGAGGACGAUCAGGAUCAAAAGACUACGCAUGAAAAAGCAUGUCUGCGCAAGAUCCCGCAAGGCUUUUACCUUCGACACCCUCGCGUCCGAGCUACCCAUGUCGCUUUUCGAAGUGAUGGUGUAUUGGACAUGCCCCUCAACUUUGAAGCGACCUGUCGCCAGUAUCUCGAGGUGGAGGGCUUGACGCCGUCUCGUUUGACCUGUCGCUUUUGCAACGAGCCCAACGAAGACGCCGUUGCCGCCGUUCUACACGAGCUCAAACACCUCUUUGCCACUUUUGAGGAGAUUGUGCCGCGCGCGUCUCGAUCCUCGUCCGAGACACCCGUGACAGCAGCCAGCGACCUCGAUGCGGCUCGCGACAUCCCCAGUCCCGACUUGGAGCCAGUCGACACAGACAACGACGAUCUCGAAGGUGACAUGGAGGAAGAGAUGGACAUUGGCCCUACUAAAGGCGCCCGCUCUCCAGAUGUGAAACGUCCCAAGCCCCACCACGCCCGUACCAGCAAGAAAAAACUUGCAGCCAAGAGCAGCCGCCUGGGGCCCAGCAGCCCCCUGGCCAGUGCGGGCCUGAUUAGCCACAACAGUCACGGUCCGGUUGCCAGCUUUGCAUACAAUGGCACGAACAACGGUGGUGGUCUCGGUCUCGGUCUCGGUCCUGGUCCUGGUCUUGGUCCCAGUCCUGGUCAUGGCAAAGGUCCUGGUUAUGGCAAUGGUAACGAAUUGCCCGUACCUUUGCCUCAGAUGCAUCCGGCCAUGUGGUCGGCUGCCGUCAUGAACUUUUGGCUUCAGAGUCAAUCCCGUGGUCAGACCAUUCCGUCGUCCCACGUACCUUCUUUUGGACCCGGAAUGCCCUUUAUGAUGUCCGGGCCCACAGGGGUACCCAUUCCGCUUCCCACCACCUUGGCAAGCCAGGGUGCCCCCAUGGGCGACGACGCACACUCGCCUCAAACGACGCUGGCUUAG